AGGAUCAGAUCAGUAAUGGCCGUGCCGUCCGUACCCCACCAAAUACUACGUCGUUUUGUUCCUCGAUUCGCCGGUUAUCCUCUUCUCUCCUUAUCGCCAUCGCCACUGCAAGCUCAACGAUUCCUUCCAUUCCUUCACAGUGCGGCGUUGUCAUCCACCUACUCCGGGCGCUUACGUCUAGUCGCUUCUCCUCCGCGCUGCUUCUCGCGGCUUGUGUCGGAUGAGGUGGCUUUAAUCGAGGAUGUGGCGGUCGAAUCGGAAAUUGAAACCAAUGGAGCAGCGGCUGCUGAUGAGAAGGAAGGGUUGAGUAGAUUGGAUUUUGGAGGAAAUAGAACGGCUGCGUCGCGACUGCCGAGUCUCAGUGUGAAAGAGAAGAAGGAAUUGGCUUCGUACGCGCAUAGUUUGGGGAAGAAGCUCAAGUCGCAGCAGGUUGGGAAGUCUGGAGUUACUGACACUGUUGUUAUGGCGUUGAGCGAGACGCUUGAGGCUAAUGAGCUUCUCAAGCUCAAAAUACACGGUAAUUGUCCCGGUGAGUUUGAUGAUGUGGUGAAUCAAUUAGAGCAAAGCACCGGCUCAGUAGUAGUUGGCCAAAUCGGCAGAACUGUGAUCCUUUACCGGCCCAGUCUGUCCAAACUAAAAGCCGCAGAAAAGAGAAAAAUUGCUAUAAAAGCUCAUUCGGAAAGGCGACUGAUACGGAAGCAAUCUCCCCAGGGCAAAACACGAGUAUCAGCGUCGGGACAAGAAUCCUCACAGCAGCGCGGCCGGGGACGAAGAGGAAGCAGCAGAGUUUAACAACUGUAUCGGCAUUACUCGACCAUUUGACCGUUAACAGGUUUCUUAAGUUAUUUACGUUUGAAAUGCUGUGAUAUAUGCAUGAGAGUUUUGAUGCUGAGAGCUUAUACAGUGGCCAUAUUCUAAAAGGCCUCUAAAUUACAAUAUAUCCAUCUCCAGCUUUUCCAUC